CGUCUUGUACACCAUUUUCCCCCUCACACUCGACCUCCGCAGCUCCUCUUUCUACUAGCACAACUCCUCUCUGAGAGGCAUCUCGUCUCUCUUCGGCUUCUGCAUCUCAGCAACUUUGAAGUGUCACCUUCUGUUUGAAUUCCUAUGGUGACUGAGACGGCUAUCUCAGAUCAUACUUCUGCUACUGAUGAGAGUCACUUUAUACUAUGAAGAGAGCUAUGCCAUGGAGUGAUGAGGAGGAAGAUUCCUCAUCUGAUGAAUCAUCGUCUUCACUUUCAAACUCUGGAGCUGAAGAUGGGGUUAGCAAGAGGAAGGCAAAGGAUCAAUCUAAAGCUAGCCUACCUUCUAAAGAAAAAACCUCCAAAGUUAAAUUUGGAAAGCAAAAGACUGGAGUUGUGGACUUUGAAGAAUUGAAACGACAUGGUUAUAAAGGUGGACCAUCGGUCUUGCGUGUGCCCCCACCAAGAGAAUCAGAAGACAAGAAGGAAGACUGGUCCUGGUCUACUGGCAAGAAAAGUCGUGAAACCAAAGAGACUGAAGAAUCUUAUGAAGAACGACAGAAAACAAGGGCUGCAAUAAUCUAUGGAGAGCAGCUGGCAAGUGUGGAAAGUCGGAAAGAGAAGAAUGCUUCUUUCUCUCAGAAGGAGAAGAGGAAAAGAGAGCUUGGUCAAGCUAGCAGGGGAAAGAAUUAUGUUGAAGAAGAAAAGAGAUUGUUAAGGGAGAGUGGUGUCUAUUCUGGUUUUGAUACUUGAUCCGUGAUGCUUGUAGCCAUGAGUCUCAUUAUGUAAAAUAUGUAAAAGCUCAUUUCCGUAGGGUGCUUAUUCAAUUCAAAAGAUUGGGUUGUAACCCAGAGACAGCAAUUCUAAGAUGACUAUCUGGGUUAUUAUUGAUAUUGGCAGAACUGAAAUGACUAAUUCUAGAUUGUGACAAAA